AUGAGCAACUCUAGAUACGCUCCAGCUCCGAGCGUUGAUACCCAGCGCGCGCGACCAACGACGACCUUUCGAUCUGCUGCCGCUGUAUUAGCUGCCGAGGCUGCGAACCGGCGAGCGAGCGGGUCUUCGAGCAACGGUGCGAGGACGCUUCGUGAUCUUCCUCCAACAUCAACAUUUGCAGCUCAAAAUGGACAUCAAAAGCAACAAACGAUCACGAUACUGUCGGAUGACGAUGAUGACGACGAAAAGGAUACACUAGACGAGGAGAUGGAGGAGAUUUGCGCCCCACCUCGCGCCGUGCUGGACCCGUCGAGCAUCGGGGUAGUACAGGGGCAUCCAAUUGGGAACGACCAGGAUGACGGCGACGAAGAAGAAGCCAUCAAGAAGGUAGGGUAUACAUUUCUGCCCUCCUCGCAUGAUCCAAUUCUGCGCUGGGCCCAGUGGCUCACCAUCGAAUACGUCACUUUGGCGCAGCUCGAAGACGAACUUGAAUCGAUCGAUUCGCAGUUGAGCAAGCUCCAGGAGCUACGCAGGGUUAUCCAACGCGAUUACGACACUCUAAGACGCAAACUCGACGCCAAGAACACCCAAAUCUCGUCGUACUCGAAUGGCGAGACCUUGCAAAAUCGCCAACUCGGUCGUGAAGCCGGCGUGACCGACUACACGCGUUCCGAUUUCGAAUGGUCCAAGCGGAUUCGCGCCACCGCGAGACAAGUCUUUGGCAUCGAUAGCUUUCGACAUUCGCAAGAAGCUGUCAUCAAUGCUGGAUUUGUGGGGCGCGAUAUUGUCUGCAUCAUGCCGACCGGUGGUGGCAAGUCGUUGACGUACCAGUUGCCGGCGAUUAUGGCAAGUCGAGGAACGACGGUCGUCAUCACCCCUCUCAUCAGUCUCAUGGACGACCAAUGCUUCAACUUGCGCCAGCUCGGUGUCAAUGCCGAGAUGCUCAACGCUUCUACGACGAGCGAGGACCAGCGAUGGAUCAUGAAGCGACUCGUUGGCAACAGUCAGGCUGCCUCGACUAACAAGAAGGGCAAAGCCAAAGCGGAACUCCAAGAUUCUGAGCUCGGGAUAAAGGACCUCAUUAAGCUCGUGUACGUCACGCCCGAACGCAUCGACAAGUCCAAGACGUUCGUCAAUACCUUGUCCAAGAUGUACGAUGCUGGGUUAAUCGUCCGCUUCGUUAUCGACGAAGCGCAUUGUGUCUCGACGAUGGGGAUGGACUACCGACCGUCGUACUUGGCGCUCAAGCGGCUCAAGGCCCUGUUCCCCACGACCCCGAUCACAGCGACGACGGCGACUGCUCCCGCACAUGUCGUCGCGGAUAUGAUCAAGACCCUCACACUUCCUUCCCGAACGAGCCCCGGUAACGCCGCUCAACCGAACACGACCGUGAUGUUCACCUCGCCGUUGUUCCGACCGAAUCUACGCUUCAGUGUGGUGCCCAAGCCUCCAUCGGCCGCGGCCCAGACCCAAGCGAUCGUCGACGAGAUCCUGACGUCACAUUCCAACGAUAUCGGUAUCGUCUACUGCCUCUCGCGCAACGACACCGAGAACGUGACCAAGGCGCUCCACGAUCUGAGCAAAGGUCAGAUCCGCGCCGCGAUCUACCAUGCCGGCUUGGACGAUGGCGAAAAGUUAAGGGUCUAUGAUCGAUGGCGCAAGGGCCAGAUCAAAGUAGUCGUCGCGACGAGUGCGUCCUUCGGUCUCGGAAUCGAUAACCCUUCUGUUCGUUUCGUCAUUCAUCAUUCACCACCCAAGUCGAUGAGCUCGUUGUCGCAAGAAGCGGGGAGGGCAGGCAGGGAUGGGAAUCUCGCCGAUUGCAUUUUGUUUUGGCGAGCUGCGGACGCUUCGAGGUUGUCGACCUUGAUCGUCGACGAAUUUCGAAGUGGAGGCAAGGAGCGAUUGUACGAGAUGAUUCAGUACGCAGAAGACCUCAAGACGUGUCGCAAGCUCGCGUUCGCCAAGAGCUUUGAUGGUGGUGCUCAGGCUUCGAACAAGACGGCCGCUCGAUUUGAUGAAGGUCCAGAUGCCGAUCGUCCGUGUGGCAAUUGUGACAACGUGAGUCAGGCCGAAUCUUGCAGUUAGUGUACGAAGUGACUAAUGACUCUGUCGUAACAUCGCAGUGUCUCCGCGAUCCAUCUACCGUCGCAUCCGUCGGCGUCUCGUUGGAAGCCUAUCGGGCACUGCGAAUCAUGUCCGCCGCCGAUGCCGCAAGUGGGACCCUGACCCUCACCCAGGCCUGCGAUCUUGUCCGAGGUCUUGGGAAAGGUGCGAUCACGACGACGUCGAACGAUACAAGGGGUAAAGUCAACAAGGGCAAAACCAAUAUCGAUGUCGAUAGUGUUGCGGGGGGAAAGGUUGGGCUCAACAAGGAUCAGACGGAACAAUUGUUGGUUAGGUUGAUGAUCGAGGGGUAUCUGUCGGAGCAUUUUCAUACGAGUGAGUGGUAUUGCAUAGCUGGCCGUAGGGGAAGACGAGCUGAAUUGUAGUUUUCGUGUACCGUCACCACUGCAGCUGGUUACGCCACGACUUCGUACCUGCGUCCUCGACCUUUGGCGACGAGAUUCACACGGUUCACGCCCGAGCAGAUCUCGCAGUCCCAAGGUGAAGAUUUGCCUAUCAGCAUCGUUCUUGAGGUGCGCAAAGAUGGCAAGAAGGGGACUUCAACCAGUAAGGGCGGGAAGAGGAAAUUGAGCCCAUCAUCGACGGCGGCUGCGAAGAAGAAGCUCAAGAAAUCGGGGAUCGAGACGAUUGAGCUAGACGACGAUGAUGAGGACGAAGAGGGCGAAGGAGGAGACGACGACGACGACGACGAUCCCGAGCUUGAACCGGCCGUCGGUUAUUCGCAAGAGGAGCCGGAUGAUGACGAGUUGGAAGCCGCGACCGAUGCCGAUGGGUGGCAAGUUUGGUCCUCUGCAUCAUAG